CCCAGCCUCCCCUCUCCUGUCUCCACUCUCUAGUCUCUACUCGGCCUUCUUCUCCAUCGCCAUCGCCCGCACGUCCGGCUAUCCGCCUCACCAUUCUCGGGCCCCUCGGCAGCCUCGUUAAACCCUCCGCGCGAACCGGGGCGGAACCAAUCCGAAGCCCUACCCACGUGACCCCGCAUCCCGUACCCCUCGCGCAAGCCGCGCCAUGUCCCGCGUCGCGAGGUCGCGCCUCCUCCCCAGGAUCUCCGCGCUCUCCUUCUGCGCCGCCUCCCCUGCAGCCGCCGCCGCUUCCUCCUCCUCCACGUCGGCAGCCGCCGCCGCCGCCUCCGAGCCUUCGUCCACCUCCGGGGACCCAUCAUCCCAGCAGCCCCCGGUGGCCCGCAAGCCAUGGGGCACGCUCAAGGUCGCCGCCUUCGCCGCCGUGUCCGCCGCGGUCGGCGCCACGGGCUACGCCAGCUACGCUUAUUCUCUAGAGGAAUUGGAUCAGAUGACACGGGAGUUCCGGAAGAAAUCGAAGCAUCCCAUUCCUGAAGACGCGUCCGGCUUCGAGAAGUUUCAGGCUAUGGCUUAUUCAGCAGCUAUGAAAGCUCCUGUUGCCACUAUUGAGCUAUACCUGGAUGUCAGGAGCCAAAUUGAAGAUCAAAUUCGGGGCUUUAGCGAACCAGUAUCAGACAAACUCCUUCCAGAUCGUCCUCCUCAAGAACAGCAUGUAUUGACCCUAGUUCUGGAUCUCAAUGAGACUCUUGUAUACUCAGAUUGGAAGCGUGAGAGAGGAUGGAGGACUUUUAAGAGGCCAGGAGUGGACGCCUUUCUGGAACAUCUUGGGAAGUUUUAUGAAAUUGUUGUGUAUUCUGAUCAGCUUAGUAUGUAUGUUGAUCCUGUCGUUGAUAGGCUGGAUCCAAAGGGCAAUAUUCGGCACAGGCUAUCAAGAGUUGCAACUAAGUACGAAAAUGGAAAACAUUAUCGGGAUUUAUCGAAGCUGAACAGAAAUCCUGCUCAAGUUAUUUAUAUCAGCGCUCAUGCUUUGGAGUCAAGUCUGCAGCCUGAAAAUUCUGUGCAAAUUAAACCUUGGAAGCUUGAAAAUGAUGACACUCAACUGCUUGAUCUUAUUCCAUUUCUAGAAUAUGUUGCUAUGGCAAGACCUUCUGACAUCAGGGCCGUUCUUGCAUCCUAUCAAGGUAGUGACAUAGCUGCUGAGUUUAUUGAGCGCUCCAAGGAACACCAAAGGCGCAUGCAAGAACAAAAGCACUCAGGGCGCAUAUGGCGGCGAUGAUGACUAGAUCUGUUGGAAGGAAAACAUAUUAAUCUACACACUUCUAUAGACACAUCAAACUUUUGGUGCUCCAAUCCAAAUGAAGUGAAUGAAUCCAUCGUCCAUGGAUUUAAUAUUUGUCAACUUUUGGAGAGAUCACCCUUGGCAGUUUUUAAUAAAUGUUUCCAUUUUGAUGGGUGUCUUACAGUGAUAUCAAACUUAACCUUUUCAGAAUUUUGGUAUCAAGCAUGAUAUGCCGUCUUGGCCGACAUUUUGAAAGUA